CCGGCACGGCAAAGCGAAAAAGCGGCGAGCAAAGAGACCCCCCACGGGGUAUCGGGUUGCCGUCGGGUGGGUAGCCUGGCAUCACAUUCCUGCCUUGCCUUCCUCCUUGUCCCUCUCCGACGGGGGAGACCCGGAUUCUUUCUUUUUUCCGCACCCGCACUGAGCCACUGCCACUGACCGCACGCUCUCCGACUCCGCUCUCCACUCCCGCGGUCCCUCCUCCGCCUCCACCCGCGCCUCCUUCGGCGGCCGCGCGCGCGGCUCGAUGCGGCGCCGCCUCGCGCCGGCGCUACUCCUCGCCGCCGCGCUGCUGAUGGCGGCGCGCCCGGCCCCCGCGGCGAUCGCGGCAGAUUGUCCUUUGGAUUUGAGUUGGCCCAACUAUGGACUGAUAGCUUCCGUGUGCUCGGAUCAAAAUGGACACUCAAAAUGUUGCCGCUACAUCAAUGCUGUUCUUGCAGUCUCAUCUGCCAUGUAUGCAAACACAACAGGCACACUUGGGGUUCCGGAUGAAUUUUCUGAUGCCUGCAUUGCCAAUAUAUCUGAUACAUUGGUGUCGAAGGGGAUACUGCCCACUGCUGCUUCAUUUUGUGGCCUUGGGAUCAAAAUUCAAGUGUCCUAUCAAUGUGUUGGGAUGACCACCAUCGUUCAAAUGUUGCAGUCUCCAAAUUUCAGUGAUGUUACAAGAAGCUGUGCAACUACACUUUCAGAUGAUAUCACUUGCAAGAGGUGCUUAAACUCUGGUCUGUCGUAUCUCCGCCAUCUCGUGGGGGAGCAAGAUAAUGUCACGUUGAAUACCUGCCGUGAUGCUGCUUUUGUUGCAUUUGUGAGUCAAGGGAAUAUAUCUACUGUUGAUACAGCCGGUUGCUUUUUUAGCGUUCAGGGGCUUAGUGCUCUUCAAGUGAACAUCUCUGGAUCAGCCCCAGCUGGACUUCUCGCGCCAGAUAUAUCCCCUAGCCCACUUACAGUGCAAGUUCCUGCAGUGCCACCCAAGCAUCAUCGCAGUUACAAGCUUGUUCUGUUCCCAGCAAUUGGAGCUUUGAUUAUAGGACUAGCAGUUUUACUAGUGACAGUACUGAUUCUGCUGAUCUGUAGAAAGAAUAAAGAACUCAAAAAGAUAGAAGGGAAUAACCCUAUCGAUGCAUGGAGUUUCUCCUGUGUCAAAAAGGGCCAAGAAGGGAAUUCCACUAUUUUUGGCAGAUUUAGUUACAAAGAGAUGAAGAAAGCAACAAGGAACUUCAGCACAGUGUUAGGCAGAGGUGAAAAUGGUACAGUAUUCAGAGGCCAACUGAGUGAUGGAUCUGUGGUUGCUGUUAGACGCGUCGAGAGUUCGCCAAAACAAAGUCAGCAAGAAUUUUGUAAAGAAAUGGAAUUUCUUGGGCGGUUGCAUCAUCGGCAUCUUGUCGGACUAAGAGGCUUUUGUUUAACAAGAUUUGAGAGGUUCCAGGUGCAUGAAUACAUGGAAAAUGGAAGCCUCCAAGAUCACCUACAUUCGCCAAAUAAACAUCUGCUACCGUGGAAAAAUAGGAUCCAAAUUGCCAUUGACGUUGCUAAUGCUUUGGAGUACCUUCAUAUCUACUGUGAUCCUCCUCUAUACCAUGGCGAUGUUAAGCCUAGCAACGUCUUCUUGGACAAGAAUUACCUGGCAAAGCUUGCUGGUUGCGUUCUUGUGCACCGCCCAAGUAGUGGCAAUACAACUCCCAGUUCCACCCCAGUGAAUGUCAAGAUCCAAGCAACUCCUGGGUACAUGGACCCUGAGUACGCGGUGACGCAGGAGGUGACCCCGAAGAGCGACGUGUACAGCUACGGCGUGCUGCUGCUGGAGCUGGUGACGGGGAAGCCCGUGGUGCAGGAGGAGAGCAACCGGAGCCUGGUGGAGUGGUCCCGCGAGCUGAUCGGCACGGACUGCCGGCUCCACGAGCUGGUGGACCCGGCGGUGGCGGGCGCGUUCGACCUGGACGAGCUGCAGGUGGUGGCGGACGUGAUCCACUGGUGCACCCACCGGGACGGCGCGGCGCGGCCGUCCAUGAAGCAGGUGCUCCGCAUCCUGCACGAGCGCCUCGACCCGCUGUCCGGCCGGUUCGCGCGCGCCGUCGAGGGCGAGGAGGGCUACUACUACUGCCAAGCCGCCGGCGGCGGGUGGCGGGCCAAGGGGAAGCAGGCGGGCGGCGGCGAGGUGGUGCAGUUCAGUGGCGAGGUGGCGCGGUCGUGGCUGCCGUCGUCGAGUAGCACGUCCCGGUCGCACUGCAGCCGCAGCGUGCUGCUGGAGUGCAGCUCGCCCGACGAGCAGCGGCUGUCACCGCCGACCCACGGCAACGGCGCGUUCCUGGCCUGAGACAGUGAGACCGGCCCGUUGAGUGCAGUGCAGUGCAGUCCGUUCUUUUUGGUCAGCGGUAGUGGAGGAGCCAGCGGAAAGCGCUGCAUCGUCGCGUCGGCAGAUUGUGCAGGCCUGGCCUGAUGCGCCAUUUUUUGAGGGACUAUUCAUGGUACGGUUCAGUUUCAUGGUGGUUCGUUGAUGAAUGAUGAUGGCCUGGCCGGUCGACGCAGUGCAGGAUCCUGCUGCGAGAUCGGGAGGGCCAGGGCCCAAGGGGCCAGGGGAGCCUGACCUCUGCGUAGGAGUGCGUGAUGGGAGAUUGAGAGCGACUGCCUGGUAUCUUUCAGUUCCCUAGGUGUUGGUGGUUGUUUGCCAUUGAUCGCUGCAUUGAUGUGCGUUUGGAACGUGCCUGCGCAUUGAAGUCGUGAUACCAGCUUUGGCUUCUUGCUGAGGCUGGGAGGUUUCCCUGUGGACUAUGGUUCGAUCGAUCGCAACUUUUUGUCUACUCGCU